ACUAAAUUUUGGAGUCCGAGCCUGCACGUGACCCUAUAGGUGUGGCCUGAGAUGACAAGCCCUAACGUUCAGUUUGAUUCUUGUGAACAUCAACAUGUGCGAUACAAUCCACUACGUGGCGACUGGGUGCUGGUGUCACCUCAUCGUUUGAAACGUCCAUGGCAAGGAAAAAUAGAAAAAGCAGAAGAGAAAGAGAUCGAAAGAAAGAAUGACAAAAAUCCUCUGUCACCUGGUGCUACAAGAGGAAGUGGAAAGAAAAAUCCAAAUUAUGAAAGCACAUAUGUGUUUGAAAAUGACUUUCCUGCUAUGUUACCGGAUAUGCCUGAGCCAGGCCCUUCUUCCCAUCCUUUAUUCAGAUCAAGAGGUGCAAGUGGAACAUGUCGUGUGAUGUGUUUCCAUCCUUAUUCGGACUUAACACUUCCUCUAAUGAGUGUUGCUGAAAUUAGAGCUAUUGUGGAUGAAUGGAUUAAGCAAAUCGAGGAGUUGGGACAGAGAUUCACAUGGGUCCAGAUAUUUGAAAACAAAGGAGAGCUGAUGGGAUGUUCUAAUCCUCAUCCUCAUUGUCAGAUUUGGUCCAGCACGUUUCUUCCAAAUGAACCUUUCCUUGAGAAUGGCUGUCAAAAGAAACACUUUGCAGAGUAUGGCAAGCCAAUGCUGUUGGAAUAUGCACAGAUAGAGGCAGCAAACAAGGAGAGAAUUGUUGUUGAGAAUGAUGACUGGCUGGUUGUUGUUCCUUAUUGGGCAACGUGGCCAUAUGAGACUUUAUUGAUGCCUAGACGAAGGCACAUCUUGCGACUACUUGAUAUGUCAGACUCAGAGCGAGAUGCUUUGUCUCACAUCAUGAAGAAACUGCUUAUCAAAUAUGAUAAUUUGUUUGAGUGCUCAUUUCCGUAUUCAAUGGGUUGGCAUGGAGCACCAACUGGGUCAUCGGCUAAAGAUGAGGAUUAUAGUCAUUGGCAGCUGCAUGCCCACUACUAUCCAUGUCUACUUCGAUCAGCAACGAUCAAGAAGUUUAUGGUUGGGUAUGAGAUGCUUGCUCAAUCUCAACGAGAUUUAACAGCAGAACAGGCUGCUGAUAAGUUGAGAUCACUUCCCGAUGUUCAUUACAAGCAACAGAGAGAAGACCAAGCGCAAAAAGUCAUGUGAUGCAUGUGAUGACGGGAGUGUGCAAAUAAUGUACUUUGCUUUUCCAUUUUGUAUUUUAA